CCGAAAAUGCACGUGACCACAAUGGCUGCUGCUCUCUAAAGCCUUGCAUCAACUUGCGCGGCACCGUGAAAACCCGUUUCUUUUGCCGAAAACUCGCAGAGCUCUUGUCACACUCGCACUGUCUGACAAAGCAGACCUUACUGUAACGUUCCACUCCUCGUCAUACGACGGAGAAACGACUUCGGAAAAGAAGCUCAGGACAAAACAUCCUCGGGCUCGGUUCGGACUUCCACCAACCAACACGUCGGUAGGAGGAGUCAACAGCAGAUGAUGCCUCCAGAGUGAGUGAUGCACUCCUGACGUUCCUCAUAACCGAGGUUGGCAUUUGGAGCUUUAAAUGUUACCCCCUGCUUUCUUCCCAUGAUUCACGGUUAUGAGCUCAUUAUACCAGCCGCUCCUCAUCCCAUCCCACAUCAUAUCCCCAGCCCAAAGUUACCGCAUCGCUCAGGCUUCAAAUGCCAACCAGGAAAGAAGAUUGCCAUUCUGCCACAGGUGUGUUGCCGAGACUGAAAGUGAGUCACCGCGGCGAUAGCGGUUGACCUGGGGCCCAAGACAUGUUACAGUGACAACUAAAACCAGCCAUCGUCAUAACAAUCCUCCUCCUCCUCCGCCGCUCCGUCGUGUUGUUGUGUGAGCUCUGCUGAGUCACUGGAGAGAGAAAAGCUGUUCUCAUCCAAUCCCCCCCCCCCCCCCCAAGGCCUGAGAAGUCUAUCCAAUCCUGAACAAGGGAUCUGGAGUCCAUUGGUGCCAGAUAAUUCUGCCUAGCGACCUCCCUUAGUAUAUUAUGUAAUUGGUGUUUCAUUCAAGAUAUAAAAGCUUAGUGGCCUACUCUACCUCUAGGACACUCUUCAUAUCAAGGCAGAGGACCAGCCUUUUGGUUCAAGGUUUCUCUGAAGCAUCCCCUGGGAGCAUCGAUUUCACACACCUACACGAAUACACGCACACAUCGCUGUUGUCCACCGUCACCCACCACCACCACCACCACCACCACUUCUUAAUUCAUUGGAUUACGUCGUCAUCGGUGGGUGAGGUUAGGGAUGUAGAACGCCGUCACCACGGAUACCUACAGGAGACUCUUUGGACUCGGCUCAAGGUCUGCCGAGCAGAACAUGGCGGGCAAGGGUAACCCCUGCCUCCCCCCGGGGGGGCCAGGGAGUGCAGGGGGCCCCACUGUCUCUGUGGGGGGAUUCCCCAUGCCUCACUACUCCUACUUCUUCCCCCACAUGCUGGGGGGGCUGUCCCCACCCACCCUGUCCGGACUGCCCAUCAGUGGAUACAGCACCCCAUCGCCAGCCACUAUAGAGACCCAGAGCACCAGCUCGGAGGAGAUAGUCCCCAGUCCCCCUUCGCCGCCCCCUCCCCCGCGAAUCUACAAACCCUGCUUUGUUUGUGCGGACAAGUCCUCGGGAUACCACUAUGGAGUCAGCGCCUGCGAGGGCUGCAAGGGUUUCUUCCGGAGAAGCAUCCAGAAGAACAUGGUGUACACCUGUCAUCGAGAGAAGGGCUGCAUCAUCAACAAGGUCACCCGCAACCGCUGCCAGUACUGUCGUCUGCAGAAGUGUUUAGAAGUGGGCAUGUCCAAGGAGUCGGUGAGGAACGACAGGAACAAGAAGAAGAAGGAGGAGAAGAAGCCAGAGUGUACUGAGAUCUACGUGCUGAGUACCGAGACCGAGCAGAUGAUCGAACGUGUCCGCAAGGCCCAUAAGGAGACUUUCCCCUCGCUCUGUCAGCUGGGCAAAUACACCACGAAUAACAGUGCAGAGCACCGCGUGGCUCUAGAUGUCAACCUGUGGGAUAAGUUCAGUGAGCUGUCCACUAAGUGUAUCAUCAAGACGGUGGAGUUUGCCAAGCAUCUGCCAGGCUUCACCACCCUCACUAUUGCUGACCAGAUCACCCUGCUCAAGGCUGCCUGUCUGGACAUACUGAUUCUGAGGAUAUGCACGCGGUACACUCCAGACCAGGACACAAUGACGUUCUCAGACGGGCUGACCCUGAACAGGACCCAAAUGCACAAUGCAGGCUUCGGCCCGCUCACAGACCUGGUGUUCGCCUUCGCCCAAACACUCCUCCCUCUGGAGAUGGACGACGCCGAGACCGGCCUGCUCAGCGGCAUCUGUCUGCUGUGUGGAGACCGUCAGGAUCUGGAGCAGGCAGACAAGGUGGACCUACUACAGGAGCCCCUACUGGAAGCUCUGAAGAUCUACGUGAGGAAGAGGAGGCCUCACAAACCGCACAUGUUCCCCAAGAUGCUGAUGAAGAUCACGGACCUCAGGAGCAUCAGCGCCAAGGGAGCGGAGCGAGUGAUCACUCUGAAGAUGGAGAUCCCAGGCUCCAUGCCCCCUCUCAUCCAGGAGAUGCUGGAAAACUCAGAGGGUCUGGAGGGCCAGGGGGCCAGCGGGGGCCGCUCCAGCGGAGGAGGGGCCCCGCCAGGCAGCUGCAGCCCAAGCCUGUCCCCCAGCUCAGCCCGCAGCAGCCCCCCUGCACCCUCCCCUUAGACUCGGGUCCACCACCACCCCCCAGGCAGGGACAGCCAGAAGGCAUGACUACAGACUCCCACACUGUGACAAACCAGGCCAGAGUGGAGUGGGGUUAGGAAGAGGGCCAAGCCUGGGCCCAACCAGGACGGACUUUGACACUUUGAGGGUAAACACAGGCCUCAAUGGAGAGACAGCCGUCCCCCCACUCCCCCUAUCUCAGCCCCAGACCGGGCACCAUCAUACUUAACUGAAUCUGGAUGGCACUAUAACCAUCACCCCCACCACCACCACCAUAGACAUGCCUCAGAACCAGCGCCAGUGAUUGGCAGACGCAACACAAGGAGUUUCAUCUGAGAUGUUCUGUUUACUCUCCUCAGUGAUGACUCUGUUCUUCCUCUCUCCCCCUCAAGACUAUGGACAGGAAUUCAGGCUCAGUGCCUGUCAGACCUGGGGUAAAGAGGUCGAGAAGACGCACGUCUUUCUGCAGGGAACUAGACAGACAGACUGCUGGACACUGGGCACGAGUCAUCCCUAAAUAUUGUCAGGGACAGCAAACGGGGGCUGCUCAGAGGGGGGGGGGGGGCUGCCUCUCCUUCUCCUUCACAACUUUGAGAGACAGAUUUUCUUACAAAAGAUAUAUGGAAAUAUAAAUAUAUAUAUAUUGAAAAAGUAAUCAUUGCAAUUUGAAUUGUCCAGGUGGAAUGAUGCAUAAAAGAGGAGUUGCUAUCUUUUUCUCAGUAUUUUUCUCACUGUUCUAAGAACUUAGAUGUUAUUUGUGAUCCCACCUCCCCAGACCUAGUGUUUUGUUCUCUUCGUUUCACCCAGGAAUAUCAGCACACUAAGUAGUCACAGUGGCAAUGUGUGUUUUUUUUCUAUCAAAUCAGAAGAUAAGCAGAACAAAAAUGACGACACGAUUUCAGAUGCAAUUCACUUUAUGCACUAGACCUCUUGCACUGUCACGUUCACAAGUUGGAUCAAAUUGAGACACAAAACACAAAUUGGACCAGGUUGGGUUGGCAUCUCUCUGGUUUUGUUCCAUUUACAGUAUUUUCUUUCAGUGGUUCUAUGAUCCAGAGUCAAGUUGUUGUGGAGUUAUGAAGGUGACCUGUAAGAAAAGAGCAGCCAUGAAAUAAUGUACAUAAGAUGUAUUCCUUUGUGUUUAAAGUACAUGGAGUCUAGCCAAUUUUCACUUUUGUCAAAGCCUUUUUAUGUUUUUGCUUUUUGUUCUUGUUUGGUGUCCUGAAGUGAAGGCAUGAAUCACUGGUCGCCUGUUUAGACCGCCUAAGGAAGGGACGGACUGCUAGGAACACCAUAGCCAUUGACAACCUGUAAAGAGAGUUGAAUUUAUACUUCACCUGAAAUAAAAAUAAAAAAGAAAGAUUUGACAAUUUAAAGACCAACAACUCCGUGACGACCCCCCCCCCCCCCCCCCCCCCCCCCCCCCCUUUUCCUAAGGUCGUCCCUCUCUCAUUCCAUUUCUGGAUAAUGUAUGUAUUACCCCCAACAGCACUGCCUCUGUACUGUAGCACAUUAUCUAUGUGCUCCCACUACCCCCCACCAUCAGUCACAAACUGUACCACGUUACCAGUAUGCUCACAUUGUAGCACAUUGACUGUAGGAUGUAUCUAUCUAUGUCCGUGUAAACUCUGUGACACGAUACCAGUACGCUCACAACACCACUGCCUCUGUAUGUAUACAUGUCCCCCAUCUCUCUACCCACCCCCACAACACAACACCACUGCCUCUGUAUGUAUACAUGUCCCCCAUCUCUCUACCCACCCCCACAACACAACACCACUGCCUCUGUAUGUAUACAUGUCCCCCAUCUCUCUACCCACCCCCACAACACCACUGCCUCUGUAUGUAUACAUGUCCCCCAUCUCUCUACCCACCCCCACAACACAACACCACUGCCUCUGUAUGUAUACAUGUCCCCCAUCUCUCUACCCACCCCCACAACACAACACCACUGCCUCUGUAUGUAUACAUGUCCCCCAUCUCUCUACCCACCCCCACAACACAACACCACUGCCUCUGUAUGUAUACAUGUCCCCCAUCUCUCUACCCACCCCCACAACACAACACCACUGCCUCUGUAUGUAUACAUGUCCCCCAUCUCUCUACCCACCCCCACAACACAACACCACUGCCUCUGUAUGUAUACAUGUCCCCCAUCUCUCUACCCCCCCCCCCCCCCCACAACACAACACCACUGCCUCUGUAAGUUUGUUUCACAGUAUCAGCACCUCUUUAUCUAUCACAGCAACGCAACUGCCUCUGUUUACACACUAUUAGUAUUUAUCUGUCUGUCAUUCUUGACUCUACUGACACAUCCGAGUACCUAGCUAUUCCCUAGCCUGGCCGUAGAUCAGUUUGUGCCGUCUUGCCAAUGCAUGACAAUGAAAUAGGAGUUGCACAAACUGAUCUGGGAUCAGGCUAGCUACUUCCCCACCUUUUAACCACUGUUUACACAAAAUAGUGUAACUUACCUACCCAUCUCUUUUCCCCACAACACCACUGCCUCUGCUGUUCAGUAGGAGUGGAUCUGUCCUUCACAACGAUCGACCGCUGCUAUUGGCCAGCCUCUCUGCAGCCAGUAUGACAACGCACAACUGUUUUUUUUCCCCCCCUGCACUCUCACUUGUAAUGCAAUCAGAUGUCAACCAGCAUUUGGGGAUGAAAUAAAUAACUGUUUUGAUUAUGCCAGAUCAUUGGACGAAGAGAAUGACAUUUAAUAAAGAACCAUGCCUGUG